AAUAACGGAAUUGUUGUAUAAUUUCACCUUCUUGUUGAGACUUAACGCGUGCAAAGUUGAGCUUUUGAUGUGACUUGUGUUCACAUGUCGUGUGAAGCCGUGUCGCGCACAAGAGUUUGUUGGAUUGAAAGAAGAGGAAGAGACGGAAAAAAGGAAAAAGUUGUCCAACCCGCGGAUUAGAUCUGCAGGACGUCCCUUCUUCCCCACAGACAGCUACGUCGACGGCUGGUCUGGACUUCCUUCCCCCUGACUGAUAUGACCACAAAGUCCUUAGGAGGCGUCUAUUUCUUCACUUCUACAAGGAACACCUCGCCUGCGCGCAACAUGGAUUUCCGCUCCAGUUUGCCCAAUUUAGAAGACAACUCCAGAAGAAGAAACGAGCCGGAUCGCUUCGACACCUGUGCGUGUCCCAGCACAGCCGAGCUCAGCGAGGCAGUGUCCGUGUCUCUGGGCUUGGACGCGCUGUCCUCCCCGCUGCACAACCACCACGGCGCCGGUGCUGCCGCUUUUGCAGACUGCGAGCCCGCCGUGGGUCAGAGUUCCCGGGAAGUGGUGGCGGAGUUCGGCGCGGUCGGGAACAUGGACCCGCAGGGCAACAACGACAACAGAGAGGACGAGUUCGGAGACGUGUGCCACGGCAUGCAGCAGGUGAGCUGCAUGGACCUGCUGAGGUCCGGCGAGGCUGACGGCGCUCAGACUGUGACGCGCGGUUCGGUCAUAUCCACGUUUGUCUGCAAGGAGUCCAACUUGUUUGCAAACUCGGAACCGCCCUCCCAAAUGGACCAACUCUUACCACUCAAACAAUAUUCUCCUUACUCUGUCAGCCCCAACUUGUACCGAGACGUCCCGGGCGUAUUGUGCGUAAAUGAGUGCGCGUACGGCGGCCGAGCCGAGCCGGGGAGGACCGCAUCGGAUGGGCAUCAUUUGCAGUGUAAAUAUUGCAACUGUGGACAAGCAGGUGUUGCGUGUAGGCAGGAAUGCCGCUGUGUCUGGCACAACAAGGGCGAGCAGAGCAAAGGAGGCGUGCGAGCGGCAGCGAUGGUUCCGGGCUUCGGCCAAGUGGAAACUUACCAAAGUGAACACACGAACGGGCAGCCCGCUUACCCAUCCAUCAAGACCGAACCGCCGGCCUGGAUGGACUGCACGGAUAGGGGGUUCAGGCCCGAGGACCUGUUCCCUGGUGUGUACCUAUCAGACAGGCGGGUAUGUCAGGUGUGUGGGGAUGAUGCCUCAGGCUGUCACUAUGGAGCAGUCACCUGUGGCAGCUGCAAAGUAUUCUUCAAGAGAGCCGCCGCUGGUAAACAGAACCACCUGUGUGCCAGCCGCAAUGACUGCACCAUCGAUAAGCUGAGGCGUAAAAACUGUGCUUCGUGUCGCUUGAAGCGCUGCUUCAUGUCAGGAAUGAGCCUCAAAGGCCGCAGGCUGAAGGGAUCCGGCCAGACGAGGAGCGGGGAAGAGGAACAACCUCCCGCUGCCUUGAGGCCUGGAGAAAUAGGAGAGAGGCCAGGGAGGAGAGACGCCAUCUUAAAGCAUGGGAGUACAGUUGCCAGGGCUCGAGCAUCCCAGGCUCUGGUGCUAAGCAUCCCCCCCACUCUACGCUCCUGCCUAUCCCUGCUCAGCGUGCUCCAGGCCAUCGAGCCCGCCGUCGUCAACGCGGGGCACGACCCGGCGCUCCCGGAUAGCUCGGCCUCCCUGCUAACCAGCCUCAACGAGCUUGGGGAGAGACAACUUGUAACGGUGGUGCGCUGGGCCAAAGCCAUGCCAGGCUUCCGUGACCUCCACGUGGAUGACCAGAUGACAGUGAUUCAGCUGUCAUGGAUGGGGGUGAUGGUGUUUGCUCUGGGCUGGAGGUCCUACACCCUCACCAACAGCUCCAUGCUCUACUUCGCGCCAGACCUGGUUUUCAAUGACCAGCGUAUGCAGGUAUCCAGCAUGUAUGAACACUGCGUGCGGAUGAAGGUGCUGUCCCAACGUUUCUGCAUGCUGAAGGUCACCCAAGAGGAGUUCCUGUGCAUGAAGGCGCUGGUCCUCUUCAGCAUCUUGCCAGUGGAGGGCCUGAAGAACCAGCGUUGUUUUGACGAUCUACGGACCUCCUACAUCAAGGAGUUAGACCGCUUGGCCAGCCACCGCGGGGAGACCACCCGGACACAGAGGCUGUUUCAGCUCACGCAACUGCUGGACUACCUCCAACUAGUUGUGCGGAAGUUACAUCAAUUCACCUACGAUCUGUUCAUCGAAGCUCAGUCCCUGCAGACUCGCGUCAACUUCCCGGAGAUGAUCUCGGAGAUUGUCAGCGUCCAUGUGCCCAAAAUCCUCUCAGGAAUGGUCAAGCCCAUCCUGUUCCAUAAUUCGGCUUAGAGAGAGCAGCCUUUAUGUCACUUGAGCUCCCACAUUCACUCCUUUUGAGCACUUGUGGUAAAAAUAUCAAGAGUGACGAGCCCGUCCUCGGGAUGAUGGAUAGGCACAGAGGUACGCAUCUGGAUACAAACGGAGAACUGAGCUCAUUCUUCCUGUCUAAUGUAAUCUAAUCGCAUCUACUAUGUUCUUCACGGUGCCUGUUCUGUGUCAUGCGCAUCCAAUGUUUCUGAGGCCUACCAUAGCACCACAACCUAACUCAUCUGUGUGCACAGCUUUGAUUUUUUUUGUUUUUUUGCUUAUCUUCCCCCCACAGUGAAUGUAACUGUAUGCACCUGAAGCCAAAGACAUUUUAACACGCGUCUGAAAUCGUCAACUCAAAGCAAAUGUUGACAAGAUUAUUGCACUUUUCAUGUUCCGGCCAUUUAUAUUUGUACGAUUUUAACGUUGACAAAAAAAAAAUAAGAUCCCACAUUGACUUUGUAGUUGAUUAACACUACCUGUAACUAUUUGACUUUAUAUCGGCCUUGUUUUUUUUAAUGUCAUUUCGUGUUUUUUCCACUGUUGUGACUUUUCUACAAGUGAGCUUUCUUAAAGUGUUCUUUGCAGGUGCUUGUGUCGUGAAUCAUGUAUUCAUUGUACCUUCUGAUGGUCUGAAAGGUCUGUGUUGAACCAUAAAGGACCGGCCAAGAACCUGCUCUUUUGUGGCAACAUGUAAUAAAACUGGAGCAUGA